GGAGAAAGAGAGGCUAAGUAAUUUCAUAGAACUAAGACAAACAUCAAUAGCUUCCAAAAUGCCUAUUUUGCAUCUUUUCUUUCUCUUGAUUUUCCUGGUGAAGGCUGCCUCUGGUGGCAUUGUAACCAGUUUACCUGGUUACAGUAGCAAUGAACUUCCCUUCACUCUUGAAACUGGAUAUGUGGGUGUGGACAAUGGCAACAUACAGUUGUUUUAUUAUUUUGUGGAGUCGAACAACAAUCCUGAAACCGACCCAAUCUUGUUCUACGUUAGUGGCGGCCCUGGUUAUUCUGGUUUAUGGGGCUUCUUUUUCGGAAUUGGUCCCUUGACUCUUGAUUGGAACUAUAAUGUCACUGACCCUACCAAUACAGAGAUUCCAAAACUCUUUGAUAACGAUUAUGCUUGGACCAAGUUCCUGAAUGUACUUUUUAUUGAUGGACCUGCGGCUACUGGAUUUUCUUAUUCAAAAACUGAAGAAGGUAACCAAACGAGUAACAUAAAAUACGCUGCAAAUCUCAAUGAAUUCAUCCGCAAGUGGGUGCAAAAUAAUCCUAAAUUCAAGUGGAAUGACAUUUACAUUGCUGGUGAUGGGUUCAGUGGAAACUCAGUUCCUAUUGCUGUACAAGACAUUCAAAAUGCUAAUAAUGCUGGAGCUCAGCCAUAUGUGAAUUUGAGGGGUUAUUUUCUGAUAGGACCAGGAGCAAAUUUUGAUCAAGAUCAAAGUUCCAAAUAUGUCUAUGCUAACAAAAUGGGUUUAAUUGCUGAUGAAAUCUUUGAGGAUGCUGUAAGAACUUGUGAGGGAAACUAUUCAAACCCUCCAAAUGAAGAGUGUGAAAAAGCUAUGGUGCCUGUUAAAAAGCUAGUUGCCCAUAUAAACUUGGGAUACAUUUUAGAUCCUUCAUGUGGUGGUGACUCGCAAGGUCCUCAAAAUACAACUCAGUCUCUCAGUAAAAAACCUUAUGACAUGAUCAUAAAGAUGGGCCGUCGAUCUCUCCGCCAGAAAUCUGCAACUUCCCUUCAGGCCGACCGUGUUACUACUCCAGUGUGCAGGAAAGGGUAUCAACAAAUUGCAAACACUUGGGCGAAUUACCCAGGUGUAUUUGAAGCUCUUCAAGUUGAUAUGAAUAAUGCUCCAGAUCCAUAUUUCCUGUGGAGUACCACAGUUGACAAUAUUUUAUACGACAAAACUCAGAAGAAUGUGGUGCCAUAUUACCAAGAUCUUACCACCACCAGUAUCAGAAACCUAAUUAUGAGUGGUGACCAUGAUAUGGACAUACCAAAUGUUUCAAUAGAGAUGUGGAUAGGAUCACUUGGCUUGGAUGAGACUGAAAAAUGGAGAGAUAUUACUGUUUCCAGUGAAACUUUGGGAUACACAAGAAAGUAUGAAAAUGCCAGAGCUGGUUUCUCUUUGACAUAUGUAAGCGUAAAGGGAGGAGGCCAUUUCAUUCCACAGUAUGUACCUGUUGAAACUUAUCAAAUGGUUUAUAACUGGACAAUGGGUCUGGAUCUCUGAAACUCAUUGUUGGUGAAAAAGUUGUAAGGGAAGGUUAUCUCCUUUUGUAUCCCACAGCUUAUGCCAAUUAGAGUGGCUUAGUAAUAACAAAAAUGUAAUGUUUUAGUGUCUUUUAAUGGAAAUAAAUGAGUAUUGAGUUCUCCUCUUUUCUA